AUGUCAAAUAGUGGAACUCCUUUGUGUUUAACUCCUUCAUAGAAUAAGGAGAGUAAGAGAAGGAAUGUGUUAUUGAGGGUUCCAGAUGAGAUGAUAAAUUACACUCCUUUGGAAUAGAUAACUCUUCCAAAGAAUUAAAGAAUUAGAUAAUCAUUUUCGAAAUUUUUGUGUGGGAAUAUAGAUGAGAAGGAUUUUAUCAGAUAGAGAUACUUUGGGUUGGGUUUAGAGUAGACAUAAUAAAUAAAGAGAGUGAGAAAUAGACAUGAAGAUUUUACAUAGUAGAUAAAGAGAUAAGCAGCUAGAGAGAAAGCGAAGUAGAGAUGGGGUAGAUUGGCAGAAGUAUUAUAAUAUAAUAAUAAAGGUGGUUUAAUAAAAUAUAUAAUUAAGAAGGGAAGGGGAUUAAAUGAAUCAAUGGAAGAUAUUAAAUAGGAUAGAAUUGGGAAUGAAGAUACAGAAUAAGUUAGCAGAGUAAUCAGGAUGGAUUGAUGAUUUAAAGAGUUAUAAACUGUAGACAAUGACAGUUUUGAAGGAAAAGAAGAAGAAACAGAAUCAAUCAUGUUUUAUAGCACCAAAACAUUAUCAUUUUUUAUUAUAGGAAUAAUUUAAGGAAAGUAGUGAUGAAUAUUUAUAGAUUUAUCAUAAGAAUAUGCCAAAUUGUAAUAGUUUAUCUGAUAAAGAGUAUGAUAAGUUGUUAAAGAAUUAUUUGAAUAAGAAAUAAUUAUUAGAGCAAUAUAAAUAACAAUAAUAGUAAAGAAAGGUAGUGAAAUGGAAGACAAUGAAGAGUUCAAGUACAUUUUAGAGUAGUUCAAUAAUGAGUUAUUAUUGGAAUGGAUUGAAUAAGGAGAGACCAAUGAUGAGAUUGUAGAAUCCUUUGGAAUAAUAAUAGUAGUAGAGAAUAAAAGAGUAAUAAUUAAUACAUGAGAUAAAUGAUAUGGGCAAUCCUAGAAUGACAACAAGUAUAGUUACAAAAAAACAUUAGAGAUUAAAAGGAGUAGUGAAACAUAAUAGAAUAAAGUCGAUGGAUUAUGUAGAGAAGAAUGAUGAAGAUGAAGGAUUUGAUAUGUCUAAUGCAUCAAUAACAGAAGCAUAAUUAGAUCAUUUAUAUUUGGGAUCUUAAAAAUUGUAAUAUAAAUUGAAGUAAGAGAAAAGAGUAGAGAAGAAAGUGAGAGAUAUUUUAAGAUUGGAGGAAGUGAAAAUGAAUACAAUGAAUGCAAAUUAUUAAAAGCUUAAUAAAUACUAAUAAAAACAUUAAUGAU